AUGCUUCAGUCGCUACUAGACGAACAUGGAUUUUUGACGGGUAAACGUGUGCUCGAUUUGGCAUGUGGCCAUGGUUUGUAUACACGCCAAUUAAAAGAAUUAAAUUGUGAUUAUAUUCUUGGUGUAGACAUUAGUUCAGAAAUUAUUAAACUCGCUAGAAAUGCGGAACUUCAAGAUCCGAAAGGCAUAGAAUACCAGAUUGUCGAUGCUAAACAGCUGCCACCUCCGGAAAAGCCAUUCGAUUUGGUUACCGCUUUUUAUCUGCUCUGCUAUGCCUGUACACGAGAUGAGCUUCUCGAGAUGGCACGUACGAUCUAUGCACAACUUGGUGAAGGCAAAAAGUUUCUCGGUUUUACAACCAAUAUUAUGACUUACAACGAAAACUAUGACAAGCGAAAAUAUGGGAUUAGUCGGGAGAUUAAUGUUCCAUUAGAUGGAAGACCAAUACCAGAUGGAACGAAAGUCUUCAUUACACUUUACAAUAAUAAAAACGAACAAAUAUGUACAUUUACGAAUUAUCAUUUUUCACCAAUGACUUAUGAGCAAGUUUUCAACGAGGCAGGCUUCAAAACAUUCCAAUGGGUACCAUUUCAGUGUGACCUUCAGGCACCGAAUAAAGAAUUCUACGAUGAUUUUCUUCAAUGUCCGAAUGGAGUCGGAAUAAUGGCAACAAAAUAA